AUGCGACACCGGGGUAUCGCAAACACUUGCCUGGCCCCGAGGAACAUGUCCAACUGUAUGGGAUGCAUGAAGACCGUCACUAAGGUCAAAAUCCGAGACUCCGGCUACAUGACCGGCUGGGAGAGAAUGUCAGUGGUGGUAUCCCGAUACUGCAUGCGAAACGGAUCGACCAAUAGAAGACCUUCAGGGUGCUACAAACAACAGAACAAUGGCGGCUACACGGAACGGUGUUUCUGCUACACCGACCAUUGCAAUUCCGGCGCUUCCAGAUCAACCUACGGUCUUUUGCCAGCGUUUCUUUCGUCAUCAUCUUUACUCACCAUCUGUAUACUUAGCACUAGUGUGGUAUUUUUCAAUAUCAACAACGGUGGACGCAUAUUUACAUUGGUCGUUAUCUAG